AUGGUGGAGGCAAGAGUGUUGGUGGUUGUGGCGGCUAUGGUUUGGGGAAUUUAUUCUGCAAAGCCCAAGAAAGUGGUGGUGCUGGGAUUUGGACAACAAGCUACCGCUCGGAGCGCUCUACCAGGCUACCCUGGCCCUCAAAGGAGUGGCCCAGAAAUUCGGUGGUUAUUGAUAUCUCAGCUUAGGCAUAUCAUCACGCUUUUAUCCACCUGCCCCAGUGGGUCCUUGAGGAAUGCCGAGAACCCCAUCAGAUGGAUUUUCUGGAGCGGAAGGGCUUGUCUACGCCUGCUGAACUGUAUAUUUGUUCGGCCUGCGGGAGAAAUGCAAGACCAAUUUGGAAUUGAAGAAGCAUUUUCAACAAUUAUACGAAAGGGAGAGGAAAAAGAAAUUGAACGGAAUGAAGAGUUUGAAGGGAAAGAAACGCGUUAG